GAAUGAGAGAGGUAUGUGCCGUGACGUGGAGCAUGUAAACUAGAAUUAAAAAGCUUUUCUUGUACUCGAUCUCAUACUCGAACUAAAAUUUAAAGUCCCCCAAUCUUGGCAAUCAUGGCACGAAACCUAAAUUUCCUUGGUCGCUGUUUUUGAUAUUUUUCGUUCGUUUUUAACCCAAGAAUUCACGAAAUUGUUCAGGAUUAUUUUGAGAGUUCAGUACUGACCAACAAAUGUCAUCACAGUCAGCAGGAUCAGCUAAUCCACCAGGCUUUUGAGAGGAGGUUUCUUUGUAAAAAUUAGUGAGUUUGGCGUACUAUAUUUUCAUGACUUUGUAACGGAUCCUUAUAAAAAUUUACAAAUUUACUAAAUUCGGCUGAUAUAUCGAGCGGUGAGGCUUAGUUUGUUUGAACCACGAAAAAAGGCGCAAAGGCGUGACAUCAGGAAAAAGGUUCAUUAGUCGAAUAGGUGACUAUCCACUAGCGCAACAACAAUAACGACUUUCGGUUCACUUACUUGACCUACCUGGGAGCCAACUUUGCGACUUAUAAAAAUAACUUUGAAUUCCCUGCGACCAUUACAAACUAACGGGAUCAUUUACAAGUAAGGUCCUUUGUUCAUCGCAAUCGUCUAGGACCCCCCGUCUAGAGGAUCGUCGAUCGGAACAGUUGACAAAAAGUCUACAGCGCUAAAAAUAUGGCAGGCGCAACCUUUGACAUUGCAGGUGCCAUUUUCAAAAAGUUAUAUCUUUAUUCAAAGACAAUCCUAUGAAACAAAACUACACCAGUCAGUACGCAGUAGGCUUAAUUGCACUAUCCAUUACAAGUAUUGGAAUAGCUAACGUUAACGCAAAAGCGAUUUUGCAUUUAUUGGUUCUCUUUCAAGGGAGCCAACUGUGCGGUCAACGGUAACCUGCAAUCGAAAUUCUGAAAUCGAUUGCCGGUAACCAGUACGCGGGUCAAGGAUAGAUUGUACCCUGUCAUAUCCUGUAAGUACAAUGGAACGCAUAUUGUUGUAACUCGAUCGGUUUUCAAUCUAUCUGUUUAAUCUUCAGGUAUCGCACCAUGGUCAGCUCCACCAAAAGAAACGGCAUUCUUUUGAUUACAAUAUCAGCGAUUUUCGCUGUAGGAAUCAUCUUGGCAAUAACUCUCACGAAGGGUUCCAAGCAAUCAUCCAAAAGAUCAAAAAGAGACGGUCCUUCCAUUAUGAUACCUGAAAAUCAAGAAAAAAACCAGUGGUUCAAAGAUGGCCUUCAGCUCGUCGAAGACAACCUGGCAAGGAAGCCAAUCACUCACACGGCAAAGAACACGAUUUUAUUCCUCGGAGAUGGAAUGGGCAUUACUACUGUCACUGCGGCUCGUAUCCUGGAAGGGCAGCAGAUGAACCAAUCUGGAGAAGAACAUGUCCUCAGCUGGGAACAUUUUCCGUGGACCGCGCUCGCUAAGACGUACAACGUCAACCAACAGGUCCCAGACUCCGCUGGCACAGCAACGGCCUUUCUCUGCGGGGUUAAGAGUGAUAGUGGUUUGAUUGGCGUGGAUGAAACUGUAGAACGAGGCUACUGUAAAACUAUGAACGAACACAACAAAGUGAUAUCAAUUCUGGCGUUAGCGGAGAAGGCUGGAAUGUCAACUGGUUUCAUUUCGACCGCACGUGCCACGCAUGCCACACCAGCUUGCCUGUACGCUCACUCAGCCGACAGAGAUUUUGAAAGUGACAAAGAUCUAAAGUCAGAGGCUAAAGAUGACCCGUCCAACUGUACAGAUAUAGCUUUGCAACUCGUUGAGUUCCCGUAUGGAGAUGGCAUUGAAGUGGUCUUCGCGGGGGGUCGACGAAAGUUUAUUCCCAACUACGAGAUGGACCCUGAGCAUUCAAAAAAAGGCGAAAGACUGGACGGCAGGAACCUACUUCAAGAGUGGGUGGCCAAAUAUCCCAACUCAGAGUACGUGUGGAAUAAAACCAGUUUUGACCAGAUUGACGAGGAGAAGGUUGAUCACGUGAUAGGUUUGUUUGAGUAUAGCCAUAUGCAGUAUGAAGUGUACCGCGCGGAAGAUACAGCAGGGGAGCCCUCCAUAGCAGAAAUGACUGAAAAAGCCAUCAAUAUAUUACAGAAGAAUCCAAAGGGAUAUUUCCUCCUCGUGGAAGGAGGCCGCAUUGACCACGGGCACCACGGUGGAAAAGCCGUGCGUGCGUUGAAUGACGCUGUUGCUAUGGCAAAGGCUUGUGGUAAAGCCAUCGAAAUGACCGAUCGAGACGAAACUCUUCUAAUAGUAACCGCAGACCAUUCUCACGUUUUCACCAUGGCUGGUUACCCAGUGCGCGGAAAUCCCAUCUUCGGUUUGGCGCUUGGUUAUGGUUAUACUGAACCCAGACUAGCGAAGGACGGAAAGCCCUACACAGUUCUGGGAUACGCCAAUGGACCCGGAGGAGAAUGGGAAAAUGGCACUAGGCAAAACCUUACAGGGGUGGACACGGGAGAUAGGGGUUACAAACAGCAGUCUGCAGUGUGGUUGAGCUCCGAGACUCACGGAGGAGAUGACGUAGGCGUGUACGCGGACGGUCCUGGGGCCUAUUUAUUUCACGGUGUGGUGGAACAGCAAUACAUAUUUCACGUGAUGGAUCACGCCAUGUGUUUGAGUGAAAGCAAACAGGGCACCUGCGAACAACAUCCGGCUAGGGAAGGGUGUGACGACGAUUGUGACUAAUAAGCGAGCCCGCGAGUCGCAAGCCGCGAGCCUAAUUUUUGCACGCUACUACGUUUCUUUUCUUUUUUUUUUUCUGAGUGUUUAAUUCUACGUCAACAUUUUACUCCGUAAAUGCUACACUUGAUAGAAGAAACAAAAUUUUUCGAUUUUCUUUCAUGCGUGAAAUUCUGCGCAAGUAGUUUUUCGUAAUUUCAUCGAACGGAUUUUGCAGUAAGUUUAUAGUUUCAGCUACAUGUACGAAAGAAAGUUUGAGUUUCCCUCGUAAAUUUUCGUAUCAAAAUAUUGUUUAAAUGUAAAAUCGACAAAUAUCCAAAUUUAGGUAAUUUUCAAGAUGAUAUAGCAUGAGCAUUAAUCAAGCACCGCCACGAAAGAUUCAUAUAUUUGUUUUUUGCCUGCCAGUUGUCUGUUGUUUUGCCUCUCCGGAAAUCAAUCUCUUAUUAUUUUUUUUUUAAUGGUUCCCCGGUAAAAUCGAACGACAGGAUGACCGCUUAUUUCGAGAAAUUCAAUAGUUUGGGUAUAAAACCCAUCCGCCCGGCAAUAA